CUAUACAACAUUGUUCAUUCUGUAAUUUAUGAAAAUAAAAUGGCAGAAGAAAACCCACAACAACCUAUGGAUCAGGAAGCCAAUACGUCAUCGGGUAGUGUGCAGCCCCCUCCGCCCAAAAAUGACUUGCAGGCCUUACAAGGGCAAUUAGACCAUGUCCUACAGGGCAUAAACUAUAUGGCCGAGCGGCUAAAGUUUUUAGAAGAAAAACAAAAUGAAGCGUGUAAAGAGAGGGAGGAAGAAAAAAAAAGAAAAGAAGAGGAAGAGCGGAGGGAAAUUCAAAGGAGAGAGGAACAAAGAAUCCAGAGGGGCCGCGCCCGAAUAUUUAGGGGGCGCAUAGGGAGGGGGCCAUAUGAGGGCCCUUCCGAUAGAGAAGAAAGGGCUGAACCGAGAGGAGGGUGGAGGGGCCGGGGAGGAAGGAGGGGCACAGUGGAAGACAAAUAA